GUCGAUAUUUUUACGACAAAAUUACAACACAUCCAUGAACCAGCUGAUUAAAAAAAUGAUAACAAUUGCAUAAAAUUUUCCAAGUGACGUAAAAAUGUUAUUAAUCAUCUCCUGGUUACACAUUAUUCUCUUCUUUAUUCCUACGUCUAAGGCCUUUGAAUCUUCCAAUUUUUGUAAUCUUCCAAAUCGCACGAUGAAUUUAACCGGUAGAGCUUUACAUUUCGUAUUGAAAGUCGGUGACAGAGCCCGUACUAUUAAAUUCUACAAGGAUGUUCUCGGAAUGAAAAUCCUUCGACACGAAGAAUUCACCGAAGGCUGCGAUGCGAAAUGCAACGGACCGUACGAUAAUCGUUGGAGUAAAACCAUGGUUGGAUAUGGAAUCGAAGAUACUCAUUUCGUAGUCGAACUAACGUACAAUUACAACGUGAAUACUUACGAUUUAGGCAACGAUUUCUUAGGUCUGACUAUAAAAUCCAGCGAAGCGAUAGCCAAUGCGAAAAAGCACGACUGGCCGAUCGAGGAAAAAGACGGUUGUGUUACUGUUAAAGCUCCCGGAGGUUAUAGUUUCCAAUUGUUGAACGAACCUCAACCCUCUGAUAAAGAUCCUGUACAAAAAGUCAUCUUAGCAUCUUCCAAUUUACAAAAAUCUAUCGAAUACUGGAACGGAAUUUUAGGAUUGAAGAUAUUUAACCAAGGAGAGAAAUGUGUUGCUGUUGGCUUCGAUGAAAAUCAAGCUAAACUGGAGCUCGUUGAUAUAGGAGGUGAAGUUAAACAUGCAACAGCCUACGGUCGUAUUGCUUUCUCGGUACCGUUUAAACAGUUGAGCGAUAUUGAUAAGAAAAUCAAGGAAACUAAUCAGACCAUAUUGACUCAGUUGAUCACACUCGAUACACCGGGAAAAGCUACUGUUACAGUGAUCAUUUUAGCUGAUCCGGACGGUCACGAAAUCUGUUUCGUCGACGAUGAAGGGUUCAGAGAAUUAUCCAAGUUCGACGCAGAUUCUGAUGCUGCUUUGGAGAAAUAUAUUAAGAAAGAUGCCGAACGUGUGAAAUGAAGAAAUUUCGAAUCUUCCGCGUAUUAUUACGUUAAACAUUAUACUGAUUAUUUCUUUGUAUUCAAAUAAGACAGAUGCAGUUGAUCUUACUCGCAUGUUUUGUGCCUAUAUCUUAUGAUUUAUAAUUAUGUUAUAUGCAAGUGCAAUGCCUACAAUAAUUUUUGUAUAAUUUUCUAUAUUGUAUCAGUUUUUUUUUUUUUUUGUCAAGAUAAAUAUUCUGAAAAACUUA